AUCGCAACUAACGGCAGCACUAGAAGCAGCAGCAGCAGCAGCAGCGGCAGAAGCAGCGGCAACAGUAAAAGUCAAGUGCAAAACAAACCGAACCGAAGCGAACUUUCUACGCGCCGCGUACAAAACUGAAAUAGCAACAACAACAACAACAACACAGCAGCAACAGCGACAAACACACGCGAAUUAUGGCUUGGGGCUAUUGGUCCGCCACAACAGUGGAUCGUGGACGCUCGCCACGGCGCUUGACGCAAUGCACGCCGUUGCCUGUGAAUCUCGUGCAGCAGGAGGAGGAGGAGGAGCAGCAGCCGUCGUCGUGUUUACCACAACAGCAGCAACAACAACAGCCGCAACAGCAGCAGCAACAGUCGCAGCAGUCACAGACCUGCCCCAGCACCCCCUCGGCUAGUCAACAAGGCGGCGGCGGCGGCACUCUCUGCUACAGUCCCACGUGUCGCUCGCGCUGCUCCAGUCCCUGUCCGGGCUCGCCGUGCGGCUCAAUUACGCCGCCGCCGCCGCCGUUGCUCACAUCCUCGCAACAGCAUCUCCAUCAGCACUCGAACAAGAAUUGCCCGGCCGCACAGCAGCUGCUCACGCACUUGGAUUACGCGGCACGCAGACAGUCCCUGGAUCAGCUGGACAGUCCGCAGGUACUGAACACGUCGAAGUACUUUGAUAUCCAGGCCAAUCAGCUGUCGGACAUCAUGUGCCGCGGCGCGGUGGUCAGUUCCAUACAGUCGGCCAAUAAUACGCUUACCAGAGGCGUCUCGCUGCACAGUCGCAGCGGUAGCGCCCAUGGCAGCCAUCACAGUCACAGUCACCAUGGCAGCGCCCACGGUUCGUUGGGCUGCCUGCAGGGCGGUGUGGGAGUAGGCGUGGGCACAGGCAGCACCGGCAGCAUUGGCAUGAUGUCUGCCAGCCACAUUGAUACCGGCGAUUACGAUGUGCCGCAUCCGCAUCCAUAUACGCAUCACUAUAUGCAGACGACGGCAUCCGUGACGCCGCCGCAUGCAACGCUGAGCAGGCCGGGAUCGGCUGGCGCCGUUUGCACCGGCCACGAUUCGGGCUCCGAUUCGAGCCAGGGCUGCGGUGGCUCCAUCAUGGGUGGCAUGCUGGUCAUGGGCCAUGCCGGACACAUGGGCAGCCUAGGACAUCAUAGUACCGGGAGCGGUUCGCUGGGUCGCUGCUCGAGCCGCUGCCACAACACCACCACCACCGAUGAUUCCGGUGGCGGCAGCAGCGGCGGCGGCGGUGGUGGUGGCGGUGGCGGCAGUGGUGUCGGUAUGGGCACCACUGUUGCUGUCGGCGGCCCCGGCAUGCUAAUGGACUAUCAUCAUGGCCAUCAUAGCGGCAGCGCUGGCAGCGGCCUAAACGGCUGCGGCGCCGGCGGCAGCAUCGCUGGCGGCAGCAUCGGCGGACGCAGCAGCGUCCUGGGCACCAUACACAAUGGCCACGGCCAUCAUCAUCAGCAAUACCAUCACGAGUGCAUCCACUACGAGCGGCUGCCUAUUCCCGUGCCUAUUCCCACGGUUCCCAUGGGCGUUACGCAACAGCAGCAGCAGCAGCAGCAGCAGCAUCAGAUGCCCUCACAGCAUCAACUGCAAUCGGAGGAGGAGAUCGAACCAGCCUAUGCAACAGGUAUACGUGCCUUCUGUGCGUAUUGCCAGGAUCGCAUCUGGGGCCUGGGACGUCAGGGUUUCAAGUGUAUACAGUGCAAGCUGUUGGUGCACAAAAAGUGCCAUAAGCUGGUGCAGAAGCAGUGCACCGACCAGCCGGAGCCGCUGGUCAAGGAGCGUGCCGAGGAGGCCAACGAUCCGAUGCCGGUGCCACUGCCACCGCUGCCAUACGAGGCGGUUGCCGGCACUGGGGAUGCGUACGAGUCGCACGAGCAUGCGCACAUUGUGGUGCCGCCACCGCCGGAGGACUCCAUGGAGCCGGCCACACAGCGUCAGUAUUCGUUGAAUGACUUUGAGCUGAUACGCGUAAUUGGACGCGGCAGCUAUGCGAAGGUGCUGAUGGUGGAGCUGAGGCGCACGCGUCGCAUCUAUGCGAUGAAGGUGAUCAAGAAGGCGCUGGUCACCGACGACGAGGACAUUGACUGGGUGCAAACGGAGAAGCAUGUCUUUGAGACAGCCUCCAAUCAUCCGUUCCUCGUGGGUCUGCACUCUUGCUUCCAGACACCCUCGCGCCUCUUCUUUGUCAUUGAGUUUGUGCGCGGCGGCGACUUGAUGUACCACAUGCAGCGACAACGUCGCCUGCCCGAAGAGCAUGCCCGCUUCUACGCUGCCGAGAUUAGUCUGGCAUUAAACUUUCUGCACGAGAAGGGCAUCAUCUAUCGUGAUCUAAAGCUGGACAAUGUGCUGCUCGAUCAUGAGGGUCACAUAAAGCUCACGGACUACGGCAUGUGCAAGGAGGGCAUCCGUCCGGGCGACACGACCUCCACGUUCUGCGGCACACCCAACUAUAUUGCGCCGGAGAUAUUGCGCGGCGAGGACUACGGCUUCUCGGUGGACUGGUGGGCGCUAGGUGUGCUGCUUUACGAGAUGCUCGCUGGACGCAGUCCCUUCGACAUUGCGGGCGCCUCCGAGAAUCCAGAUCAGAACACUGAGGAUUAUCUGUUCCAAGUGAUUCUGGAGAAGACCAUACGCAUACCGCGCUCGUUGAGCGUCAAGGCUGCUUCAGUUUUGAAAGGUUUCCUCAACAAGAAUCCCGCUGAUCGCCUGGGCUGCCAUCGUGAGUCUGCCUUCAUGGAUAUUGUAAAUCAUCCGUUCUUCAAGGUCAUUGACUGGGAGAUGCUCGAACGCAAACAGGUUUCGCCUCCAUUCAAGCCACGCCUAGACUCUGAUCGUGAUCUGGCCAAUUUCCCGAUCGAGUUUACGGGCGAACCGGUGCAGCUGACUCCAGAUGAUGACCAUGUCAUUGGCAACAUCGAUCAAUCGGAAUUCGAGGGCUUUGAGUAUGUCAACCCCUUGCUCAUGUCCUUGGAGGAUUGCGUCUGACACCACGAGACGUGUGAUUUGCAUCCGUAUAAUAUGCGUCUUUAUGGCGAGGAUUCCAGUGAUUAUGAUUCUGUGGCUGACGAUUUGAGUCUCCUGCAUUUGAAUAGCGCGGGAGGCACAGCCAAUACCAAUAAUAAUAUAAGCCAGCAGCAACAUUAUCGCCAGCAGCAACAG